AAAUACUUGCAAAAGAAGUAAAAGAACGCCAGGAACUGCACAAACAAGCCAACAAACGAUAUCGAGAAGAACGUCGCUUGUCAGAACAAUCAUCAAGCAGUGGCGCAAUGAGAACAUCGAUUAAUGAGAGCUCAAAUGAAUCUUCAGGUGGUGAAGGCAUCACCGAAGUUCAAUGCGAGCAUGAAAUGAAAGAGAUUCACUUUUCGAACGUAUCAGUUACAACAGGACAAUGUGUAGAGCAUGUGUCCGAAAAUUGCAUUUUAUUCUCUUCUGUUGAUUCAACAAAUGGACAAAUGUACUUUUUAUCAGAGUGGAUGAUUGGAAAUGAUGAUAAGAUGAUUGCUUCAGAUCAAGUUUCGAAACAAAUUGGUUGUAUUGAACAAGAAUUGAAAAGUCUUCUAAAAUUAAAACAUCCUAAUCUUAUAAAUUACAUUAAUAUGGAACACUCGAUUCUACAAGAUGGCAAAAUAGUUGUCAACUUGUUAACAGAGUUUAUUUUAGGUUUAAAUUGUAAUGUUUUAUACCUCUUGAAACAAAUUCCUAUUGAGAUUGAAAUGCUGCGAAUGAUUGUUGAGAAUGUCCUGAGUGCCUUGGACUUUCUACAUAGAAAUAAUACUGUUCAUAAGAAUUUGUGUGCGUCGUGCGUUUAUAUUUCUAAUCGAGGGCAUAUUAAGUUAGCUAAUUAUAGUAUUUAUCAAAGACUGACUGAUCUAGCGUCACAGAGUACAAAUUCGAAUAAUUACAGUAAGAAAAAUGAUGUUUAUGACUUCGGUGUCACGAUUUUAUCACUUGUCAAAGGAUGCCAAGUGGAUGAAGAAGAAGAUAAUAUAAUUCCUUAUGAUUUAAGCAUGGAUUUAAGAGAUUUUAUUGAAAAGUGCAUUUUAAAAGAUGAAAAUCGUUCCACUACCACCGAAUUGCUAGAGCAUUCAUUCCUGAAAACUCCAACAGAAAAAAUCACCUAUCAAAAACCACUGCUAAUGGUGGAUGAUAAUAACUCAUCAGAAAUGCAUGUGGAUGAUAUAAAGUUUUUAGCCCAACCUAAUUUGAAUGGUAAAUCGCGUGUGGAAACCGAAUUCGAAAAUUUAGAUUAUAUUGGUCAGGGUGCUUUCGGACAAGUUUACAAAGUGCGCAAUAAACUGGAUCAACGUGUGUACGCUUUGAAAAAUAUUGAAUUAAACUCCAAAAACAAACUUAUCAAUAAAAAAAUUAUAAGAGAAGUUAAAUUGCUGUCCAGCUUGAAUCAUGAGAACGUGGUGAGAUAUUACAACUCAUGGAUAGAGAGUGCAACUGUGUCACCUCAGGAGGAUGAAUCAGAAGAAGAUUAUUCAGAUAAUCAUAAACCUCGAGAUAAAUUCAUGGAGAAAUUGGUACCGAAUGCAAAGGCACUUGCGUGGUCCAUUAGUUACGGAGGAAAGUCUAGCAAAAAUCAAGAGGUGCUUGAUGAUUCUGAUUCUAGUUCAGAUGACUUGUUUAUGGAGUCGAGUGAAGCAGAUUCCUUGGUGGAGUUUGAGAAUGAUGAAAAUGGAAAAAGUGCAAAUGCUGGCGAUGACACUGAAGAUGAGGGUAUAGAUGAGAAGAAUAACACGAGACAAAUACAGUUUAUGUAUAUUCAAAUGGAGUUUUGUGAUAAGAGCACUUUACGCACAGCAAUCGAUAAUGAACUUUACAAAGAAAAAGACAGAUUAUGGAGGUUGUUCAGGGAGAUUAUUGAGGGUAUGGCCCACAUUCAUCAACAAGGAAUGAUCCACAGGGAUUUGAAACCUGUGAAUAUUUUCCUGGAUGCAAAGGACCACGUCAAAAUCGGAGAUUUUGGUCUUGCCACUUCGAAUCUCCUAAUAAAAAAUGAACCUGUCAUUGGAUUGGACACACAAGUCGAUAAAUCUGGAGGUCUUGGUGAUCCCAGCCUGACUGGUCAAAUUGGAACAGCGCUCUACGUUGCUCCUGAAUUAACUUCCACAGCAAAAGCAAGUUACAAUCAGAAAGUUGAUAUCUACAGCCUAGGCAUCAUCUUCUUUGAAAUGUCCUAUUACCCAUGCGCAACACAGAACGAACGUAUACAGAUCCUCACCAAACUACGCACGGAUAAAAUCAUAUUCCCUGACGAUUUCGACAAAAAUGCAACUCCAGUUCAGAAACGCAUCAUAAAAUGGUUGCUUGACCACAAACCUGUAAAUCGUCCCACUUCCCUGGAACUCCUGCAGUCCGAUCACAUGCCCCCACCUGUUUUAGAAGAAAGAGAACUUAGGGAUUUACUUAGACACACUUUGAAAAAUUCACAACUAAAAGCGUAUAAAUAUCUAGUCGAAUCCUGUUUAAAUCAACCCGUUACGACCGUGCAGGAUAUUUCAUAUGAUAAGGACAUGGGUCCACCUUAUACAAUGAAGAAUCUUCAAGUGUUCAAUCAUGUUAAGGGUUUAAUGGCGAAGACUUUUGAGUUGCAUGGCGCGCAGGAACUGAAUACGCCAUUGUUAAUGCCGAGGAAUUCAUGUUACGAUGGUAUGGAGAAUGUCAGGCUGAUGACACAUUCUGGAAGUGUCGUCACUAUUCCAUAUGAUCUCAGGAUACCAUUCGCUCGAUAUGUGGCAUGGAAUGGUAUCACUUCCCUGCGGAGAUAUUCAAUUUCCAGGGUUUAUCGAGAAAAGCGCGCGUUUGGAUUCAUUCCACGAGAGUUGUACGAAUGUGCAUUUGAUAUCGUCACUCCUACACCUGGCAAUUUAAUGGCGGACGCUGAAGUGAUUUACCUUCUGGAUGAGUUGGCUGCGAACGUGCCGGGUCUGCGCGACCGGAAUUGCUUGAUACGCCUCAAUCACAUGUCGCUGCUCAAAGCGAUCCUGCUUUAUUGCGGAAUUAAGGACCGGCAUUCGGAGUUUUACGGCAUAUUGGCCGACGCCAAGGAGGGCAAAGUGACUAGAAUGCAAGUACGCACGCACCUGAACAGCAGCAGUGUCUCGCUUCGUAAUAUUGCGACGCUCUUUGAGUUCUUCUUUUCUUCCAAUACGGAGGCGCCGAUUGCCCAAAUUCGCAACCUACUGCAGACGAUUAUCAAGCGACGCAACACCGAACCGGCGAUUCUCGCACGUCAGGCCCUUCAAGACUUACAGACGAUUAUUGAUCAUGCAACGAAUCUCGGAGUUACAAGUUUAAUAAAAAUCAACCUGGGAUUGAUAUAUAACGUCCCUCAAUAUUCAGGAAUGAUUUGCCAAUUAGCUUGUUCAUCUUUCAAGAAACGAAAACAAACAAUGGAGGUGCUUGCCGUCGGUGGACGCUACGAUGAAACAAUCAACAAUUACAAAUCACUUAUUCCUGCUAAUAAUGAUUGCCUACAGUCAGCUGUCGGAGUUUCAUUUUCUUUGGAUCGUUUGGUCGCCAUCUUUACGCAUCAUCUACAAAUUGAAGAUGGCGUUCACUGCCCGGAUCUAGAAGUGACGCAUUUGGAUGUGGUUGUUGGCAACAUUGAUAAAAUAUCCAGUCUGAAACAAGUUGCUAAGAUAAUAAGAGAUUUACGUAAUGCUGGGAUUAAAGUGACUUUUGUCGAUGGCACCACGCAGAAAGAAAUUACAGAACAAGGAGGAGAGUUUAACGUACCAUAUGUGAUUAUUUAUAAGGAUGGACAAGCAAGGAUACAUCAUUGUAAAAAUCCUGAAAAGUGGGAAGAAUAUUCAUUGAACGUAUUGGUCGAGAAUAUCCGUGGAUUAAAGAUGAAUAAAACCUUUGCUGACGCUGGAAUGGAAACGUCUGCAACCACUAUAUCCAGGAGUGAAUCAACGCACAGAGCUGCGCAUGUGCCAAACUGUAAAGCUAAUGUUAAUACUGUGUAUUUAAUACAUGGCGAACGCGAAAAAAUGUCAACCAAUCAGAAAAAGCGCUAUGAACAACUUAUUGAUGUUAAAAUUACUGAUGCUCUCAACAAGCUUAAUGGCGACGUAACCUUGUUUGCGAUGAACGUAGAUGGCGCUAUGAUAUGCGCAAUGGCGUCUUGCUUCAAUUUUGAGUCAAAAGACGAUUUCUACAAGUCUUUAGACACAUUGAAAGAAAAAUAUCCGAAACAUAAAAAGUACCUUGAUGACAUGCGUGAGAAAAUCUACGCGCACAAAAGCAACUCGAUUAUUCUUUUCAGCCUGUUGGAUAACACGUACCGCGUAUUUUUGUAAAUUUUGAUGAAUCAAUAAAUAUUUAUGAAUUUAACGAAA